UGAAAUUUCUGGGAGAAGAAAAACAAACACUUUCAGAAAACGCGUUAAUGGCAAUUCCUUUUCAACCCACAGAAAUAAAUCCAUUAAAAACGUACCUUUAUCCUCUUCUUAUAACUUUCUUCAAACCCUAAAAUCGCUUCCAGUUUAGAAACGUAUUCAAACAGCAAUCUCUUCUCUCUUCUCAUUUCAUACCGCUUCCAGUAUCGAGAUCCGAGAAAUUCUCAGCCAUCCAAACAGGUCAUCCUUCUCUUUCACUCUUCUAUUUUUCAUUUCUCUGCUACAUAAGAGAGAAAAGAACCCUAACCCUUAAAAGAUCAAUUGAUGGCUUCUACUGCUAUAUUCUCCUCUUUGCGGAGAAGAAGAUCGCCUUCUUUAGGAGCUUUCUUUGCUCCAAUAGAUCUCGCCGAUCUCGCGCUUAUUCAAACGCUUACUACCGUCUCUCAGGAUCUGAUCUCUUCCUCCCUCGAUUUGCUCAUCCCUUUCCAACGCCGGAACUCCCGGUCGCUGCUCCGUAAGAUCAAGAUAUUCGUCGUUCUCUUUGAAUUCCUGAAAGACUCUGUCUUUCCACUCCCUUCAUCUGCAACCCUCUGCUUUAAAGAGCUAUAUAUCUUGAUCUAUAGAUCUAAGAUCCUCCUCGAUUACUGCUCGCAAUCGAGCAGGCUUUGGCUUUUGCUCCAGAAUUCGACGAUUUCGGGCCACUUUCAUGACCUGAAUCAGGAGAUUUCUACGCUGCUCGAUGUCUUCCCGAUGAAAGAGCUCGAUUUGAGUGUGGAUAUGCGAGAGCAGAUCGAGCUCUUGAAGAGGCAGGCGAAAAGAUCGAAGCUUUUUAUCGAUCCCGAGGAUGAGAUGCUUCGAUGCAAGCUUUUCUCUUUUCUUGAUGAAUUUGAACAAGGGCGGAGGCCCGAUCCGGUGGAGUUGAAGACGGUUUUUGUAGAAAGUUUGGGGCUUCGGGAUGCGAGGUCCUGCAGAUCUGAGAUUGAGUUUCUUGAAGAACAGAUCUUUAAUCAGGAGGAGGACGGCGAUUCAACAAUCUCAGUGAUUAGUGGAUUUGUCGCGUUGGUCCGGUAUUGCAGAUUUCUCAUUUUUGGGUUUGAAGAGGAACUGGAAACGGGAUUUGGUUCUGGGAGUUUCAAGAAGUCGAAGAAGAGUUUGAUUUGUCAGGAGAUUGGGGAGACGUUCCUUACGGUUCCCAAGGAUUUCUGCUGCCCCAUCUCGCUGGAUCUGAUGCGGGAUCCGGUGAUCAUCUCAACAGGGCAGACUUAUGAUCGGGCAUCAAUCUCUCGGUGGUUGGAAGAAGGUCAUUGCAGCUGCCCGAAGACAGGACAGAUGCUCAUGCACACCCGUCUCGUUCCCAAUCGAGCUCUCCGAUCAUUGAUCACGCAGUGGUGUGCUGCCCAUGGGAUCCCCUAUGACCCGAUUGAGAGUGCGGACACCGCGGUGGAAACCGUGGUCACGCCUGCUGCUACCAAGGCUGCAAUCGAGGCAAACAGAGCAACGGCAGAGCUUCUGGUUCAGCAGCUCUCGGAUGGGACACAGGGGGCAAAAACAGUGGCUGCUCGCGAGCUGCGGUUGCUGGCAAAGACAGGGAAGGAGAACCGCGCCUGCAUCGCGGAAGUGGGCGCAAUUCCUCUUCUUAAGAAGCUGCUCUCAACGUCAAAUCCAAUUGCUCAGGAGAAUUCGGUGACUGCAAUUCUCAAUCUAUCGAUUCAUGACAAGAACAAGAGCCGGAUAAUGGAGGAAGAAGGUUGUUUGGAAUCGGUUGUUGAUGUUCUUAGGCACGGGAUGACAGAGGAAGCAAGGGAGAACGCUGCGGCUACACUGUUCAGCCUCUCGGCAGUGCAUGAGUACAAGAAGAGAAUUACAGAUGAGGAGGGCGCGCUGGAGGCACUAGCUGGGCUUUUGACGGAGGGGAGCCAAAGGGGUAAGAAAGAUGCUGUGACAGCAUUGUUUAAUCUAUCAACCCAUUCUGAGAAUUGCGAGAGGAUGGUGGAGGCUGGGGCAGUGUCUGCACUAGUGGGGGCAUUGGCAACGGAAGGAGUUGCUGAGGAGGCAGCAGGUGCAUUGGCAUUGCUCGUUAGGCAGGGGGCUGGGACGGAGGCGGUCGGGAGGGAGGAUGAGGUUGUAGCAGGGUUGAUCAGGUUGAUGAGGUGGGGGACACCGAGGGGGAAGGAGAAUGCAGUUGCGGCACUGCUUGAGAUGUGCCGCACUGGUGUGGCAAUGACCGAGAGGGUGGUGCGGGUUCCUGCACUAGCAGGACUGCUCCAGAUGCUGCUGUUCACAGGCACAAAACGCGCAAGGCGGAAGGCAGCAUCGCUGGCUAGAGUGUGCCAGCGGUGUGAGGCUGCAACCAUGCCCAUGGAGGCAUGGGGUGUGGAAUUAUCUUUUGCAGGCAGUUCUGCAGCACAUCAGGUUCCAAGCUUCGGAGGUGAUGUAUCGGUGUCGGUUUCAGUGUCAGUGCCCAUAUCGGUGCCAGUGCUAUAGUGUUUUCCUCCCACAGAGGUACUUGGGCUGCCGAAUUCAUGUUUUGUUUUUGGGGAGAUGAUUCACAAAUUCUUUCAUUGAUAAGAAAUACCAAUACAUGUGUUUAGAAGGAAUAAUAUCAUUGCUGUAACAUCUGAAUCGCUCCUUGUUUUUGCUAUGGUUAACCAAUAGCAGUUCUGUUA